AUGGGUGGUGGUAUUGGCAGUAGUGGUGGAGGCGGCAGCGCUGGUAGUGGCAGUGGUGUCGUUGGGGGUCCUCCCCACCCACGCCGGAUCAGCCUGAAUCCGAUAGUGCAUGAGCAUAUUCCGCCAGACUACUUGUCAAACUUAAAAAAAUACAAAUAUAGUGGCUCAGACUCCAGCAUCAUUGCGCGGUACGUUAUGCAGCCAUACUGGAAUUUUAUUGUGAGUCUUGUACCAAUGACUGUGGCACCCAAUGCAAUCACACUGACGGGGUUUCUUAUUGGUCUAUCCUCUUCCAUUUUGGUUA